AUGACAUGGGUGCUUGUCAAAACAAGCAAAACCAUCAUACAGAUUACUUUCCAUUACAGAGUUCUGACUUAAGACCCUAACGCCACCUGGUGAAGGGCGACGCAGUUGCACGCGGAGAGGAUCACCGUUGGAGCUAUACUCUUUCCGUUUACGUUAGGAUACUAUACAUUCUUAUCCACAUGAGAAGUGUUCUAAACUGUCCAUAAAAAUAAUCUCAAUUACAUCUCAUCUCAUUACCAUCUCAUUCUUUUGUGCGAAGAAAGUUCGCAGCUUGGCUUGACCAUUGCGAUUUAGGUUAGUGGUCAUCCAGUUACCAUUUCGACUGUGCGUACAUUUUAAACCAAACACGAAUGUGUAAUCUCUUCCAUUGGGAGAUGUCAUUGUUUUCAAGUAAUGUCUAUUUACCUGUGCCGUGUCGUACGAGGGAAGCAGUGGGCGUUCUGUUGUAGUGGGCGUAGACUGGGCAGGGAUCUGACAAGAGGAGUGUGUAGUGAAACUUGCGGUACGCGUCCCAGGAUAUCGUGCUGUUAACUUGAGCGAUUGCCAGGUGUUUCUUUGGUGUCUUUACUUCCUUGAAGACAAUUCACCUGUGUGCGUGUGUGUGUGUGUGUGUGCUAUUCGCAUAAUCCAGGCGCGCGGCGGUGACCAUGAGUGGCAUGCCAGUGUGGGCGAGGGAGAACCCGGAAGAGGGGGAGGGCCAGGAGGAGCCCCCCUGGUGCGAGGAGCGUGUGGAGGAGUGGUGGGAUCGUGUGGAGGGCGUGAGGCACAAGCUGACCCGCAUCCUCAACCCGGUGAAGCUCACGCCGUAUCUGCGCCAGUGCAAGGUCCUCGACGAGCAGGACGAAGAUGAGGUGCUAAACUCCACUCUCUACCCGGUGCGCAUCAGCAAGGCUGGUCGUCUGCUGGACAUACUGCGUAAGCGGGGCCAUCGUGGCCUGCAGGCCUUCAUGGAGGCUCUGGAGUUCUACCACCCCGAGCAGUUUACACAGCUGACAGGACGAGAGCCUACCCAGCGCUGCUCCUGCAUCCUAGAGGAGGAUGGUCCUGAGGGCCUGACUCAGUUCCUGCUGCUGGAGGUGCGUAAGCUGCGGGAGCAGCUGCGGGGGAGACGGCUGUGUGAGCGCCGCCUGUCGCAGCGCUGCCGUGUGGCGGAGGAGGAGCGGAGCCGUGCCGAGCGAAAGGCACAUGAGCUGCGCACCGACCGCAUUCAGCUGGAGAGACUGAGGCAGGACUGGGAGGUGAGCAGUCGUGAGCUGGGUCGGCUGAAGGAGAGACACCUGGAGCAGGUGGUCAAGUACUCCCGGUCCCUGGAGGAGCAGAGCAUGGCUUCUGCUCGGGAGAGAGAGCUGCUGGAACAGGUUGAACAGCUGAGGAACAGAUUGCAGGAAGCAGAAAGAAGAGCUGACGGGAACCAAUCCAACAACAAUGCCCGUUGCAGCAAACGCAUCAGUGUGGCGUCCAUCAACCUGGAUAUCAUUUCAGACGUACCAAAGUCCCUGCAGGCGGUGGACUUCCAAAGGGACAAACACAUCGGAACUCAGGCCCUUCUGGACAUCGUGCAGCAGGACCGCAGGGAAGCUGCCGAGCAGAGGCAGGAGCUGUGCACCACCAUCGUCAAACUACAGGGGGAGCUAGAGAGUACUGAAACGCAAAGGGACAAGCUAGAGUCUCAGUAUGAGCAGCUGCAGCUGAAAGUGCAGACCCUGCAGCUGGACUGGGAGACUGAGCAGAAGAGGAGCAUUUCUUACUUUAACCAGAUCAUGGAGCUGGAGAAAGAGAGGGAUCAGGCUCUGCGCAGCCGUGACAGCCUGCAACUGGAGUUCACUGACUGUUUGCUGGAUAAGAACCGACUGCGCAAACGCAUCACCGAGCUGCAGGCCAAUCUGGAGCAGCUGCAGAGAGACCGGGAGGAAGACAAGGAAAAGAGACAGGAGCAGAGCGCCCCCUGUCACCACUGUUCUCACCUAUCGCUGUUUAGUGAAGAUCAAUGCUUUGGUCCCUGCUGUUCCCUGAGCCUAAGCCCCUACAUAGACAGCACACACCAACUGCUAAGCAAGUCGCCAUCUAGAGGUCAACACAGUGACAAAUCAGAAGAUUCCCGGUCAAAUUCAGAAGAGAAUCUCCUGAGUCCUUUCAGAGACAGUGAGAAAGACAUCAACCGACUCUCCACAUUCCCCUUCCCUCCUCAUGUAAACUCCAUCAACCGCAGAGUUACCACAGAGUUUGACCUGGACUCCUGGGGCAGUGAUGAAAAUGAGAACACCACAGGAUCGGUUGAAAGUGAGGAGAGUGUCCCCUCUUUGUGGGAUUCUUGGAGCUCUCUGCAGUCUCACCUUUUCCCUCCUGACCUGCCCCUGACAACCCCCAGCAAACCAUCCUGGUUUUCCUCUGAGCCUGAGAGCAUCCCUUCAACACCGGUCACUCCCACUUCACCUAACAAGUUCAGCCUGGCUGAUGACAUCACCAUCGUUGGGGGCAACCACACAGGGAUAUUUAUACAGAGUGUGAAGCCUGGGUCUCCUGCUGAACAGUGUGGGCUCAAGGAAGGCAGUGAGUUACUGGAGCUGGAGCACGUCCUGUUAAGGGAUGGCAAUGUUGUCUUCUCCCAGUGCACAGGGGAGGUUGCUCAUUUCUCCCUUCGGUGGUGGGCGGACCCCUCCUCUCUCAAACACAAGUUAAACCCAGAAGGUUACUCACGACUGUGUGAGCAGAUGUCCUCCACCUCCUUCACUGGAGCAGAUGACUUCUAUGUGAGAGUAAACCUGGACAUGGACUCCAGUGGUGACCCUCCCUGCCUGGGGGUGAGCUGCAAUGACAUAUUCCAUGUCACAGACACGCGCUACAAUGGGAAGUACCAGUGGCGUGGUUGCCGCGUCGACCCUCACACUGCCAAGCCCCUACAGACUGGUGCCAUGCCGAAUUACAACAGGGCUGAACAGUUGUUACUUGUGAAGUUGCGCACUCUAGCCAAAGGGCAGAAGAACGUUAAAAAGAGGUUCUGCAGGAGAGGCACAGGGGAGGUGCGACUGGUUAAAGCUGCGUCUCCAAACUUACGCACUGGAUCUACCUCCCGGGUCCUCUACACACUUAGGAAAGGUCACGAGGAGAACUUGAUUCCUUACAGUAUGGUGCAGCCAGUGCCUGUCAAGUCUAAGCGGCCUGUAAUCUUCUCCCCCUCCCUACUUUCCCACGCUCUUAUUGAGCGACUACUGCAGCCAGCUGAAUCUGGCCUGGACUUCAACACCUGCCAUGCAGAGCCGAUCCCUGUCUCAGAGAGACAUGACAAGAAGGUGUUUCUACUUCAGUCAUCUGCGCAAACUCUGGGAAUACGACUACAGUCCAUUCAGGAUGUUAUUGGCCAGGACAAGCACUGUCUUCUGGAGUUGGGUCUUGCAAGUGUUGAAGCCCUUCUGAGACAGGGUGUGUAUCCCAUUGUUAUCCACAUCAAACCCAAGGACAAAAAGGGCAGAAAGUUCAAGAAGCUGCUCUCUGGUUGUACCGAAGAUGAGGUUAUGGCGGUCUGUCAUUCAGAGGCACUACAGCUGGAAACAUUACCUCUGCUGUACUACACUCUCCAGCCAGGGACCUGGAGCUGUACUGAGGAGCUCCUGAAUGCAAUCCGCAAUGCCAUCCACAACCUGCAGAGGGCAGUGGUUUGGGUUGAGCUGGACCGACUUCAGUAGAUACUGUACAAUUACAACAAAUACAUGCCCUAAAAUGGUAGAUACCCUGGAUUUGUAAUGGUCUCUUCUCUGACAGUUAGAAUACUGUAGCUGGGGAUGGAAUGAUGGUGAAGGAUUUGUGCAUGUUUAGGGGCAGAAUUGCAUAGUCAAAAACAUUGUAAACAGUCUCGAGAGGACAUAACGUAUUGGUCAUGGUUUUGUGGUAGGGGACAAAAUGGCAGCAAAAAAUCAGACCAGACUUUGCUUUUUAUUUGUUUGAGGUCACUGGUGGUAUGUCCAUGAAAGUAAGCAUGAAAUGGGGGGCCCAUACUGAUAUUUAUGUAAGAGGUGCAUUACUGUUGAAAGGAUCGCAGAAUGACAGUGUGAGUGAGCAUGAAUACACCAGCAAAGAGUCUCAUAAACAAAGUUGGAAAUCCUGCAUGUUAUUCCAGUUAGCUGUUACAGACUGAAAUUAGCCCAGUACAAAACAAUGGUUGUAAUCCCAAAACAUGUAAAUAAAGUUUUAGCCUACA